CACGGACUGAAGCUGUGAGAACGAAGCAAACCAGCAGAGAGGACGCUGCUGGACUGUUAUCCUGUUCUGCGUUUCUUUACAGCUAGUCAGUCAUAUACUAACCCAAGUGGGAUCAUGGCCCUAGUCUGGCUGUUCUACUCCCUCGCUGUGCUGCUCCAAUUGGCUCUGUCUGUGGACCAUGUACCUAUGCUGCUCUGGUCAACUCACAGCUCACUGUGGAACUCUGAAGCUACUUUACAUGAGGGACACAUUAUCUCAAAGCAGGAGCUGCAUAUGCUACUGCAGCCUGUGUUUACCCAGGAUUCCAAGAACCUUGUCUUGUUCCUUCAAGAUACGCUUAGCAUCGAUGACUUCAUGCAUUGCAGUGAAUCUUAUGAAAAUGAGAAGCCAUUUCACAAUGUUCAGAAACUCCUUGAGUCUUCAUCAUCCUCUUUAGUUUUAUCGGCUGUUGACUGUCAGGCUACCAGUUACCUUUUGGAUUAUCUUCAAGAAUCAAUGGAUUGGAAGCUAACAGACAUAGACGAGUUUGAGAUAUCUAAGCUGGAAGUAGACACAUCCAAGCCCAACAUAUUUGUGGUAAAGCUACAGCCAGUCAGCAGAUUAAAUGAUAUUUCUACAAAGGCUUUCGCUGCAAAUGACAAAAUAAUUGGAAGACUGACUAUGAUUCUGCAAGAACAAGGAAUUCAGUUUUCAGUAAUUUACACUGCAGUGAGACCUUCACGGAUUCCCAGAAGACCCGAUGUAGUGUUGGAAUCAAGACGGCGACUCAUGGCCACUGAAGCACAAGUGACAGAUGAAUACUAUCCACUGAAUGUGACCAAUGGAACUAACACAUGCAUCCUCUUUUAUGCCAGUAAUUUCAGCCUCACAGCCAACAAAUCAGUUCAUGUGGAUUUGACAAAUUUAACAUUUGUGUCCCGUAAGGUGGACUUCAGUUCAUCUGUUUGUUCAGCCACCAAUGCAACGUUGUCAUUGAACUAUACUGGGUUAGUGGAUGGAAUCAACAACCUAAAAAUAAGAUUUCUAAUGACCAACAAGUUCUAUGCAGGCUCCGCUCGAAAAUGGUUUACUUUAGAUUCUGUUGAGAUUGCACAUGACAACCAAGUGGUCGCUAGAUUUAAUGUCUCCAUCAUUUCUGCUCCUGCGGAGUAUUCAUUUCAUUGUCAGCUGGUGGGGACCAGCAGUCGCUGUGGUGCAAAGCUGAUUCCAGCCAACAGUGGAGCAAAGAGCUGGGAGGUUUACCUUUCAGAGUUCCAAAUUCAGGGCUUCAAUAUUCAUAAUAACCGGUUUUCAUACGCAAGCGACUGUACAUCUUUCUUCUCCCCUGGAAUCUGGAUGGGCUUGGUGACGUCAAUAGUUUUAUUAUGGAUCCUGACCUAUGGAAUCCACAUGAUCAUGCAGCUCACAACAAACACUAGAUUUGAUGAUCCCAAAGGCCAAGCUCUGUCAGUUCCUCAAACAGAGUAGCAAUGGAUUGUUUUGACAUUGCUUAAACGUUUCUUUUUAGUAAGAUUAUGUUUUUGUCAUGGUUAUUUUUAGUAAAAAUCAGGGACAGGUCACGGGCAAUAAACAAAUAUUCACACAAGCCUAUGAUCCGUUGGUGACUUUUACUGACUGCUGGGGUGGGGGGAGGACAGACAGCCCAAGCCCACCAUCAGGGGAGGAGGGGGGCUGAAGCUGGAGAAGUCAGAGAGAUUUGUUAAAAUCAUGGAAUCCAUGACCUCCAUGAGUAAAUUAUAUCCUUACUUAUUAGUGAUGUACGAUUUUUAUGUUCUUUCCACUUUAUAGUGAAUGUACCCUAAGCAGUUAGUGUAACAGAAAGGUUUAGUAAAAUUCCAACAAAUCUGGACAAUGAAAUACUUCCUGAGAAAGGGAACCUUACUCCUGGCAACACUGAUAAUUCUGCCAGCUGUUACCCAUUUGUUCACAGUUUUCCGAGUUAGUCUACACUGAGAUUAAAAAGCCACUGGCAUCGAGUCUCAGAGCCCAGGUCAGCUGACUCAGGCUUGCAGGGCUCAGGGUGAGGGGCUAAAAGUUGCAGUGUAGAUGAUUGGGUAGGUGAUUGGAUGUGGGGCAGGAUCCCAGGCUCUGAGGCUCUGCAAGGUGGGUCUCAGCCCAGGCUCCAGCCCAAGCCCCAAUGUCUACACUGCAGUUUUAUAGCCUUGUAGCCCAAGACCCAUGAGCCCGAGUCAGCUAACCCAGGCAAGCCACGGUUCUUUCAUCCCACUGUACACGUACCCUUAGAGGCCUGAGGUGAAGCCAAUGGCAGUCAUGAUUCUAGCCAGCCAUUAGAAAGAAGAGUAAGAACUUUCAGCAGAUUCAUUAUUCUUGGGGAGAGGAGGAGGUUGGGUGCUUGUUUUUUUUUUUUAAAAAAAAGACAUUUCCAUGGUAUUUUGGAGAUAAUCUUAGAAAACAAAGUCUAUUGAAACUUCUCAAGACUCCUUUAAAGUUUUUUCCCUUAAGUAUAGAGAAUAUCACAAAAAAGAUAUUAAUUACGCAAGAGGCAAAAAGGUGAAGUUUUUGAUGACAAUUGACAUAUGUAUUUUAUUUUGGCAGUGUGAGUAACAGUUGGGAAAGUGGUAGAGAUACAUAAAUGAAGUGGAAGCAUGUUUUGAAAAUGUUUACCUUUUAAAAAAAGACAGCAUUAUUCAGACUACCCUUCAGAGAUGGCAGGAGCUUUACAGAAACGCAACUUCUGAAUUAUUGCUAGAAACUAAAGUUAAAUGGGAAUGGAAUAUUUAAAAAUGAAUAUUGGAAACAGAGAUUAAAAUAACGUUACCCUGUCAUCUGCAAAAUAUGCUUUUUGUCAUAUUUGAAGAAAAAAAUUAGUUUGGGGUUGGUAAAAGCCAAUGAGAGUUUGGUGCCUGAUUCCCAUUUCAAUUUUAAUGGGAUUUGGCUGCCUAACUCCCUUAAACGCCUUUGAAAAUUCCAGCCUUAAAAGAGACCUGCAAAGGAUUUGUUGAAAAUUGAAAACCUAUUUGUAGGGUUCCAAAAGGGGAAUCUUUCUUGCUGUUGUUCAGAAAUAUGUCAAGCCAUUUAUUGUAGAAAAAUGCAAAUGUGUGUAUCUUUGAGGAUUCCUAGAUAGUCUCUUUGGUUUCAAAAACAGAUCUCUUAGGAGAACCUUCAGCAUAUAGUGAAAAACUGUGGGAUCAUUACAUACAUCGGCAUUACCAAAUGCAGUUAGCACCUGGUUGAAGGUGCAACAUAAUCACUCUAGAUCAAUUGUGUCUUGUUAGCAGACUUCUCCUGAGAAAACCAGACAAGUAUACACUAAAUAAAUAAUAGACUAAGGCCAUGUCUACACUGCACUUUCGUCGUUAAAACUUCCAUAGCUCAGGGGUAUGAAAAUAACCCUCCCCUGCAUGACGUAAGUUUUAACGAUGAAAAGCACGAGUGUGGACAGCGCAUUGUCACUGGGAGAUGCUCUCCUGGUGAUGAAGCUACCACCCCUCGUUUGGCUACAUUGUACACCUUACAAUGGCGUGGCUACAGCUCUAAGGUGCGCAAUGUAGACAUAACCUAAAUCAAGUGACCUUGGAAAGUUUUUUUCAAAAUCUAAUGUUAUAUAAUGUUGUAUCACAAUGAAUAGUGGUGGUCUAGGGCUAGUCUUUACUAGAAAAUUAGAUCUUGUUAGAAUGCCAACCCUGAAUGUUAAACUCAACACAAUGUUAAACUCAACCUUGCAGUCAGUGUAGACAGUACCAGUUAUGUUUAACAUUGACUCAGCUGGCUGCAAGUAACUUCCUUAACAUUCUCCCUUUUGAGCUAUCAAGUUGUAGCAUUGCAGUGACUAUGAAAAUGAGAUAACAUUAUGUUAAUGCUGUAGUUUGUCUACAUGAGGAGGCUCUUGUGAAGUAAGCUGGGGUGUGAAUUUAAAGCCCAAGAGCUAUUCUACACUAGCUCCUCUGUUGACACUCUUAAACCAAAUUGAGUACCUUUUUGCCCUGGUCUACACUAGGACUUUAGGUCGAAUUUAGCGGCGUUAAAUUGAUGUAAACCUGCACCCAUCCACACAAUGAAGCCCUUUAUUUCGACUUAAAGGGCUCCUAAAAUCGAUUUCCUUACUCCACCCCUGACAAGUGGAUUAGCGCUUAAAUCGACGUUGCCGGCUCGAAUUUGGGGUACUGUGGACACAAUUCGAUGGUAUUGGCCUCCGGGAGCUAUCCCAGAGUGCUCCAUUGUGACCGCUCUGGACAGCACUCUCAACUCAGAUGCACUGGCCAGGUAGACAGGAAAAGAACCGCGAACUUUUGAACCUCAUUUCCUGUUUGGUCAGCGUGGCAAACUGCAGGUGACCAUGCAGAGCUCAUCAGCACAGGUGACCAUGAUGGAGUCCCAGAAUCGCAAAAGAGCUCCAGCAUGGACUGAACGGGAGGUACGGGAUCUGAUCGCUGUUUGGGGAGAGGAAUCCGUGCUAUCAGAACUCCGUUCCAGUUUUCGAAAUGCCAAAACCUUUGUCAAAAUCUCCCAGGGCAUGAAGGACAGAGGCCAUAACAGGGACCCGAAGCAGUGCCGCGUGAAACUGAAGGAGCUGAGGCAAGCCUACCAGAAAACCAGAGAGGCGAACGGCCGCUACGGGUCAGAGCCCCAAACAUGCCGCUUCCAUGAUGAGCUGUAUGCCAUUUUAAGGGGUUCAGCCACCACUACCCCAGCCGUGUUUGACUCCUUCAAUGGAGACGGAGGCAAUACGGAAGCAGGUUUUGGGGACGAAGAAGAAGAAGAAGAUGAGGAGGAGGUGGUUGUAGAUAGCUCACAGCAAGCAAGCGGAGAAACCGGUUUUCCCGACAGCCAGGAACUGUUUCUCACCCUGGACCUGGAGCCAGUACCCCCCGAACCCACCCAAGGCUGCCUCCGGGACCCAGCAGGCGGAGAAGGGACCUCUGCUGCAUGUGUUUCAAUGAUCACAGGAUCUUCUCCUUCCCAGAGGCUAGUGAAGCUUAGAAAGAAAAAAAAAAACGCACUCGCGAUGAAAUGUUCUCCGAGCUCAUGCUGUCCUCCCACACUGACAGAGCACAGACGAAUGCGUGGAGGCAAAUAAUGUCAGAGUGCAGGAAAGCACAAAAUGACCGGGAGGAGAGGUGGCGGGCUGAAGAGAGUAAGUGGCGGGCUGAAGACAGGGCUGAAGCUCAAAUGUGGCGGCAGCGUGAUGAGAGGAGGCAGGAUUCAAUGCUUAGGCUGCUGCAGGACCAAACCAGUAUGCUCCAGUGUAUGGUUGAGCUGCAGCAAAGGCAGCUGGAGCACAGACUGCCACUGCAGCCCCUCUGUAACCAACCGCCCUCCUCCCCAAGUUCCAUAGCCUCCACACCCAGACGCCCAAGAACGCGGUGGGGGGGCCUCCGGCCAACCAGCCACUCCACCACAGAGGAUUGCCCAAAAA